AUGGACAACAUCGACGAGGAAUAUGACCGGCUUGUCGAACACCUUCAUGACUGCGCGAAGAAGGCUGAGAGUUUUAAAACCACCAAGAGGCGCCUGUCUCUUCAAACUCUUGAGCUGAUACGCCAGCAUGGAGCAGCACGAGCCGCAGGGAACCAAGAACUCACGUCCGAGUUCGCAAGGCUUUGCCGAGAGGCGAUAAGGGAAGACCUUAAAGAGAGAAGAGCAGAAGUGCUGGCUGAAGCUGCAGAGGCGGGGAGAAGUAUCCGCUAUGCCCGUCGAGACUUCGCCAGUCGCAAGACGAGAAUGACUGCUCUCCGGAACCUAAAGGGAACAACCAUUGCAUCGAGAAGGGGGAUGGAGAAAAUCAUCUACGACUCCUACUCUGAUCUCUUCGACAGCCAUGUCCACUUGCCUCCUCACCAUCUGAGGGAAGAUGGACAAGUCAUUCCAGAGAUUCUCCCGUCCGAAAUACGACAUGCUAUCAUGUCGGUAAGAAAUCGUACGGCACCCGGUCCCGACAGAAUAAGACCAGAACACCUGAAGAGUCUUCCGCCAGUACUCAUCAACACCCUGGCGAGGCUCUUCACACGUUAUCUGUCGGAAUGCAAGGUUCCUAAACAGUGGAAGAGCAGCAAGACCGUGUUGUUGUAUAAAAAGGGAGAUCUACAUGACAUUGGCAACUAUCGUCCAAUCUGCCUACUGUCCGUCAUCUACAAGCUCUUUACAAGAGUGAUUAUUAGUAGGAUUGAAAAAGUCUUGGAUGAAGGACAACCAUGCGAGCAAGCAGGGUUUCGAAAAGGAUUCACCACGAUUGACCACAUUCACACUGUUUCGAAACUCAUCGAGGUAUCACGAGAGUAUAAGAUGCCGCUCUGUCUCACUUUCAUCGACUUGAAGAGGACCUUCGACUUAGUUGAGACGGAAGCGGUCGUGGAAGCUUUGGACAACCAAGUUGUCCCUACUCAGUACAUAAAGGUACUUCGAGAGUUGUGCAGUAACUUCACGACCGGAAUUUCGCCAUUCUACAAGAACAUCAUCAUUAAAAUGAAGAAGAGGGUCCGACAGGGUGAUACAAUUCCACCCAAAAUACUCAAAGCCACCCUCGGGAACGCAAUGCGAAAGUUGGAAUGGGACGACAUGGGAGUGAAGGUUGAUGGUCGGCAGCUACACCAUUUGCGCUUUGCUGAUGACAUCGUACUGGUAACACCUAGCAUCAGCCAAGCUGAAUGA